UGGGGGAGGUGGGAGAGGAAGGAAGUGAGGUUCCUAGGAAAGCUCUGUAGCUGGAGACUUCUCGAAUGAUCUCUGCUUUUGAGCAUUGAAAAAAAUGAACCGCGGUGGUGUGUGUGGAGUACAAACAAUGCCGUGAGAUCAGGCUGAGAGGGAAGAGGGAACUGGAUGCAGCUUGUGUUCUAGGCACCAAACUUAGAAGUAGGGGACUAUUUGAGAGGUCCUGGCUUGACAGUGCUGGAAUGCAGAGUAGAGGCUCGCUAACUUCACAGGGGCCCUGAGGGUGGGAAGUCAGAAGGCCAAGCCAUCAUCAGAGCCUGAACCUCAGGCUCCAUUAUUAGGAAACUGAGAACAUUUUAUGAAGCAGAAAAUUAGGCAAGUGUAGUACCUCCUAAGUCUGAGCUGUCCCUCUGAAAUGAGGGUGAUAUCUACGGACAGUUGUUCUGGGGCUUAAAAAAGAACAGUAUAUGUACUUAGUCUAACGUUUGGGUCAUUUAAAACAAAAGUAUAAGAUAACAAAACGAUAGUAAUAGGGAUUUAUGUGAAUGUUGUGGCUCGGAAUAACUCAUCUUCUGUUUUUCUGCAAGUUUUGAUGACUCCUCUUUUCCCUCUUCCUGACUUUUCUGGGCUGCAGGCAGCAGCCCAAAUUCCAUCAUUCCUCCCCUGUAUUCCUCUCCCAAGAUCUGGGCUCCAGACAGAGGCUACUCGCUCUGUCCCAGUUUGACUUCCUCAUCCUAAAUCCAGCUCUCCCGACCCCCUCCCACCUAUGCUGUGUUGUAAUAGUAGCUAGAAAUUCCGCCUCUGAAAGGGGCCCCUCUGGAAAGGAGCAAAGGUGCGUGUUCCCUCGCUGAACCUGGGCCUCCGAUUUACCCGCGGUGACUGUUUGGUACCUGGCCAGCAGCUGUGUACAGUUUGGUGACAGGGAAAAGCCAAGGCCAGGAACUGUAAGAGCCAGCUGGGAGCCCACCAACACAAGUCUCGACUAGAGAGUCAGGCAUGUGGUCAGGGAAGGGGGACCCCUUCCUUCUUCCUAACCGUCUCUCCAGGAAUCCCUGGCUUUUGUAUGGGACGGCUGUCGUUGGGUUGGGGGAGGCGCCAAGUCUGAGUGCAUGUCCUGGGCCACCAGCCAAGAGAACACGAUGUUCCCUAGUGCGCUGGCCGCCGCCCUCUGGGGCUGGCUCCCUCCCAAACCGCUGCCUCUCCAGUCUCCCUGGCCCACAUUCCCCCGGUUGCCUUGCCCCGCCUCCUUCCUCCGCUUUGACGUCAGCACUGUCUCCCGCCCCCUCUUCUCCAUUGACGGCAGCAGAGCCUGGUUACUGUGGGGACGGUGAGACCUGACAACCUAGGCCUUGGAAUCAGCUUUUCUACAGAUCCCUGCCCCUCCGCCUCCUCUAAGGGAAACACUAUUGUUAAGGAAAGCUUUAGCCACGUGACAGCGAGGGGCGUGCACUUACAGCUGAUUAUGUCAGAAGACUGCUUGGAGGCCUCUUCACCUGCCACCUACGUUUCCAGGGAACCCUGAGAGGAACUACUCAGCCCAGGUCUGGGUAGAGGGGACGUGUCACUGCUGCUGGCCGGGACCCAGGCUGGCUCGUUACUCCUCUUCCAGCCAAGCCCCUGCUCUCUUUAGGAGUCAGCGCACCGCUUUUCUUUUUUAAAUUGUAUUUUGCUGCCUCCUCUCCUCGCGAGGCUCCCUCUCUCUUACCUAUCCUUGAUGGAAAGAAAGUCGUCAUGUUUACCGACAGUCUCCUGGGUGUCGAGUCCUGACACUAGACUGACUUCCGUUACUGCUGAGCGUACAGUGCUGUGAUUAAAUUAGUAAGCCCUCAGAGACAAGCUUCCUACCUCCCUUAUCCAGGCCUCAAAAGCCUCAUUGUGCACCCGUGGUGGCCUCUUCACCUUCCCUGUCUCGUCCUCCGCUGCAUGGCCCAGACAUGAGUGGUCCCCUAGAAGGGGCUGAUGGGGGAGGAGACCCUGGGCCCGGAGAACCUUUUUGUCCUGGAGGAGUUCCAUCGCCUGGGGCCUCCCAGCACCGGCCUUGUCCAGGGCCCAGCCUGGCGGAUGACACUGAUGCAAACAGCAAUGGCUCAAGUGGCAAUGAAUCCAAUGGACACGAGUCCAGGGGUGCGUCUCAGCGGAGUUCUCAUAGCUCCUCUUCCGGCAAUGGCAAGGACUCAGCCCUGCUGGAGACCACUGAGAGCAGCAAGAGUACAAACUCCCAGAGCCCAUCCCCACCAAGCAGUUCCAUUGCCUAUAGCCUCCUGAGUGCGAGCUCGGAGCAGGACAACCCGUCUACCAGUGGCUGCAGCAGUGAACAGUCAGCUCGGGCCAGGACCCAGAAGGAACUCAUGACCGCACUUCGGGAGCUCAAACUUCGACUGCCACCAGAACGUCGGGGCAAGGGCCGCUCUGGGACCCUGGCCACAUUGCAGUAUGCCUUGGCAUGUGUCAAGCAGGUUCAGGCUAACCAGGAGUAUUAUCAGCAGUGGAGCCUGGAGGAGGGUGAGCCUUGUGCCAUGGACAUGUCUACUUAUACCCUGGAGGAACUGGAGCAUAUCACAUCUGAAUACACUCUUCGAAACCAAGAUACCUUCUCUGUGGCCGUGUCCUUCCUGACAGGCCGGAUUGUCUAUAUUUCGGAGCAGGCAGCUGUCCUGCUGCGUUGCAAGCGGGAUGUGUUUCGGGGUGCCCGCUUCUCGGAGCUCCUAGCUCCCCAGGAUGUGGGUGUCUUCUAUGGCUCUACUACCCCAUCUCGACUGCCCACUUGGGGCACCGGGACCUCUACAGGUUCAGGCCUCAAAGACUUCACCCAGGAAAAGUCUGUCUUCUGCCGAAUCAGAGGCGGUCCUGACCGGGAUCCAGGACCUCGGUACCAGCCGUUCCGCCUCACCCCAUAUGUGACCAAGAUUCGGGUCUCAGAUGGAGCCCCUGCACAGCCAUGCUGCCUACUCAUUGCGGAGCGCAUCCACUCUGGCUAUGAAGCUCCCCGGAUUCCUCCCGACAAGAGAGUUUUCACCACACGACACACACCCAGCUGCCUCUUCCAGGAUGUAGAUGAAAGAGCUGCACCGCUGCUGGGCUACCUGCCCCAGGAUCUCCUGGGGGCUCCAGUGCUCCUCUUUCUGCAUCCUGAGGACCGACCCCUCAUGCUGGCCAUUCAUAAGAAGAUUCUACAGCUGGCAGGCCAGCCCUUUGACCACUCUCCUAUUCGCUUCUGUGCUCGGAAUGGGGAAUAUGUCACCAUGGACACCAGCUGGGCCGGCUUUGUACACCCCUGGAGUCGCAAGGUGGCUUUCGUGUUGGGCCGCCAUAAAGUACGCACGGCACCCCUGAAUGAGGACGUCUUCACUCCCCCAGCCCCCACCCCGGCUCUGUCCCUGGACUCUGAUAUACAGGAGCUCUCGGAGCAGAUCCAUCGACUGCUGUUGCAGCCUGUGCACAGCUCCAGCCCCACAGGACUCUGUGGAGUUGGCCCUCUGAUGUCCCCCGGUCCUCUCCAUAGCCCUGGCUCCUCCAGUGAUAGCAAUGGGGGUGAUGCUGAGGGGCCUGGGCCUCCUGCUCCAGUGACGUUCCAGCAGAUCUGUAAGGAUGUGCAUCUGGUGAAGCACCAGGGACAACAGCUCUUCAUUGAGUCCCGGGCCAAGCCUCCUCCUCGGCCCCGCCUCCUUGGUACACUGAAGGCCAAAGUCCUUCCCUGCCAGUCCCCAAACCCUGAACUGGAGGUGGCCCCUGUUCCCGACCAAGCCCCACUAGCCUUGGCCCCUGAGGAGCCGGAGAGGAAGGAAGCCUCCAGCUGUUCCUACCAGCAGAUCAAUUGCCUGGACAGCAUCCUCAGGUAUUUGGAGAGCUGCAACAUUCCCAGCACAACAAAGCGUAAAUGUGCCUCCUCCUCUUCCUGCACUGCCUCCUCUGCCUCUGAUGACGACAAGCAGAGGGCCGGUCCAGUUCCUGUGGGGGCCAAGAAAGAUCCGACGUCAGCAGUGCUGUCUGGGGAGGGGGCCACUCCUCGAAAGGAGCCAGUGGUGGGAGGCACCCUGAGCCCGCUCGCCCUGGCCAAUAAGGCAGAGAGCGUGGUGUCUGUCACCAGUCAGUGUAGCUUCAGCUCCACCAUCGUCCAUGUGGGAGACAAGAAGCCCCCGGAGUCGGACAUCACUGUGAUGGAGGACCUGCCUGGCCUAGCCCCUGGCCCAACCCCUAGCCCAGCCCCCAGCCCCACAGUAGCUCCUGACCCAGCCCCAGAUGCUUAUCGCCCAGUGGGUCUGACCAAGGCCGUGCUGUCCCUGCACACACAAAAGGAAGAGCAAGCCUUCCUCAGCCGCUUCAGAGACCUUGGCAGGCUUCGUGGACUUGACAACUCUUCUGUGGCGCCCUCCACCCCUGGCGAGCGAGGCUGCCACCAUGGCCCCAUGCCCCCUGGUCGCCGACACCACUGCAGAUCUAAAGCAAAACGUUCUCGUCACCACCAGACACCCCAGCCUGAAACUCCUUGCUAUGUCUCCCAUCCUUCCCCUGUGCCCUCUUCUGGACCCUGGCCACCUCCACCAACCACUACCCCCUUCCCAGCAGUGGUCCAGCCCUACCCACUCCCAAUGUUCUCCCCUCGAGGGGGUCCCCAACCUCUUCCCCCUGCCCCCACAUCUGUGCCCCCUGCUACUUUCCCUUCUCCCUUGGUGACUCCAAUGGUGGCCUUGGUGCUCCCUAACUAUCUAUUCCCUGCCCCACCUAGCUAUCCAUAUGGGAUAUCCCAGGUCCCUGCUGAGGGGCCACCUACUCCUUCCCACUCGCCUUCUCCAUCCCUGCCCCCACUGGCCCCUAGCCCCCCACACCGUCCAGACUCCCCACUGUUCAACUCAAGAUGCAGUUCCCCACUUCAGCUCAAUCUGCUGCAGCUUGAGGAGUCCCCCCGCACUGAGGGGGGUGCUGCUGCAGGGGGCCCUGGAAGCAGUGCUGGGCCCCUCCCUCCCAGUGAGGAGGCUGCUGAGCCAGAGGCCAGACUGGUAACUGAGUCCUCCAAUCAGGAUGCACUUUCGGGCUCCAGCGACCUGCUGGAGCUACUACUACAAGAAGAUUCCCGCUCUGGCACAGGCUCUGCAGCCUCGGGCUCCCUGGGCUCUGGCUUAGGCUCUGGGUCUGGUUCAGGAUCCCACGAAGGGGGGAGCACCUCAGCCAGCAUUACUCGCAGCAGUCAGAGCAGCCACACAAGCAAGUACUUCGGCAGUAUUGACUCUUCAGAGGCUGAGGCCGGUGCUGCUCAGGUCAGGACUGAGCCUGGGGACCAGGUCAUCAAGUAUGUGCUCCAGGAUCCCAUCUGGCUGCUCAUGGCCAAUGCUGACCAGCACGUCAUGAUGACUUACCAGGUGCCCUCCAGGGACACGGCCUCUGUGCUGAAGCAAGACCGGGAGAGGCUCCGGGCCAUGCAGAAGCAACAGCCACGGUUCUCAGAGGAUCAGCGGCGGGAACUGGGUGCUGUGCACUCCUGGGUCCGGAAGGGCCAGCUGCCUCGAGCCCUUGAUGUCAUGGCUUGUGUGGACUGCGGUAGCAGCGUUCAGGAUCCUGGCCAUUCUGAUGACCCACUCUUCUCAGAACUGGAUGGAUUGGGGCUGGAGCCCAUGGAGGAGGGUGGAGGCGAGGGUGGGGGUGGUGGUGGUGAUGGUGGUGGUGGUGGUGGUGAGGAGGAGGCCCAGACCCAAACUGGGGCUAAGGGCUCAAGCUCUCAGGACUCUGCCAUGGAGGAAGAAGAACAAGGUGGGAACUCAUCCAGUCCAGCUUUACCUGCAGAAGAAAACGGCACCAGCUAGACUCAUUUUGGGGGUCACAGCAGUCUAUGAGAGGCUUCCUUUUCAACCAUGUUGGGGUUCUUAGAACUCAAGAUAUGGCUGGACCAACCAAUAGGAAACUGCCCCAGCUUCUCCCCACACAGGGGGCAGGACCCCCACUACCAGUCCAGGACCCAGGGGCUGCCUCUGGCCUCUUAGCAGAGAGCGGAAGUUUUCAGCCCAGUUUGGAGGAUCGUCCGUCCCCACCCUGCUGAAGAGACCUUCCCUCAUCCAGUUCAGGUGGCUGACAAGCUGCUGAAUGGGCCUCUUCAAAUCUCAGCUGAGCCUGAGUCCCAGUCAGAGGGUCGGGGCCGCACUUAUUUAUUGGGGGAGACAGCUCACUCUCCUACCUCAUCUCAAGAUGGGAGGAGGGGAGCCUGGGGUCCGUGUAGGACCCAGGGGUUUUGAACCCCUAGCUGCUCCAGGGUAGGGGAGGUUGGUGGACCAUGGAGUCCCUGGUGCUGCCCCUCAGGUGGGACCCAGGUGUUCUCAGCUCUACCCUCUACCAAUGGCAUUUGUGUUUUUGA